AAGGAGGCCGUGACGCAGCGGUUCUCGGCUCGUCGCGCGCUGAUGACGCCGGCGCCAUGAUGGCGGCGGGACGGCGAAGGUGAAGUUUUGGCGAGCGGGUGGAUCCGAACUAGCCACUCUCAGACCGGGAAAGCAGAAAUCCCACUACUCCAGGACAGCCGGGUUCACGAUGCCAACUUUGUGAAAGUCAUCCACCGUUUGCAAACUUCUCCUUCUCUGUGCCAUUUGUGUUGGCGGACCCUCGCACGUGGAUCCUUUUAAUUUUCUCCUGCUAGAAGUUGCUGUACCUAAACUAGGAGCAAUGUCCCUACUCUUCUCUCGCUCCAAGUUCAUAGUUGCCACAAAGAAGGAUAAGAGACACAUGGCUGAGGUGACUGCUUCUCCUCUCAAGCAUUUUGUCACCGCCAAGAAGAAAAUCAAUGGCAUCUUUGAGCAGCUGGGAGCCUACAUCGAGGAGAGCGCAACGUUUUUAGAAGACACCUACAGGAAUGUCGAGCUUGACCCCGUCACCACUGAAGAACAGGUACUGGAGGUCAAAGGUUACCUGUUAAAAGUGAGCAGCAUCAGGGAAGUGUUGGCCCGGCGGCACAUGAAAGUGGCCUUUUUUGGCAGGACAAGUAAUGGAAAAAGCACUGUGAUCAACGCCAUGCUAUGGGACAAAGUCCUCCCCUCGGGGAUUGGACAUACCACCAACUGCUUCCUGCGGGUGGAGGGCACCGAUGGCCACGAAGCCUUCCUACUCACGGAAGGCUCAGAGGAGAAAAAGAGCGUCAAGACUGUGAACCAGCUGGCCCACGCUCUCCACCAGAACGAGCUCCUGAAUGCCGGCAGCCUGGUCAGUGUGAUGUGGCCCAACUCCAAGUGUUCCCUCCUCAAAGACGACCUGGUUCUGAUGGACAGCCCAGGGAUUGACGUCACCACGGAGCUGGACAGCUGGAUCGACAAGUUCUGCUUGGACGCUGACGUGUUUGUGCUGGUGGCCAACUCGGAAUCCACCCUGAUGCAGACGGAGAAGCAGUUCUUCCACAAGGUGAGCGAACGCCUGUCUCGCCCCAACAUCUUCAUCCUCAACAACCGUUGGGACGCCUCUGCCUCGGAGCCGGAGUACAUGGAAGAGGUCCGGCGGCAACACAUGGAGCGUUGUACCAGCUUCCUGGUGGAUGAGCUCGGGGUCGUGGAUCGAGCGCAGGCGGGCGACCGUAUCUUCUUCGUGUCCGCAAAGGAAGUGGUGAACGCCAGGAUCCAGAAAGCUCAAGGAAUGCCAGAGGGAGGAGGUGCUCUUGCGGAGGGAUUUCAAGUGAGAAUGUUCGAGUUCCAGAAUUUUGAGAGGAGAUUCGAGGAGUGCAUCUCCCAGUCCGCAGUGAAGACUAAAUUUGAACAACACACCGUCCGAGCCAAACAGAUCGCGGAGGAUAUGCGCCUCAUCAUGGACUCUCUGCAAGUGGCCGCUCAGGAGCAGAGGGUUUACUGCCAGGAAAUGCGAGAAGAGCGGCAGGACCGGUUGGGUUUUAUUGACAAACAGCUGGAUCUCCUGACCCAGGACUACAAGUUUCGAAUUAAGCAGAUCACCGAGGAGGUGGAGCGGCAGGUAUCAAACGCAAUGGCCGAAGAGAUCAGACACCUGUCGGUCCUGGUGGAUGACUAUCAGAUGGACUUCCACCCAUCUCAGGUGGUGCUCAAGGUUUACAAGAAUGAACUGCAUCGACACAUCGAGGAAGGGCUAGGCCGCAACUUGUCUGACCGCUGCUCUAACAUCAUCACGGGUUCCCUGCAAACCAUGCAGCAGGAGAUGAUAGAUGGCCUGAAGCCCCUCCUGCCACCCUCCUUACGGACGCAAAUCGACAUGCUGAUCCCCCGCCAGGGCUUCGCCCUCAGCUACGACCUGAACUGCGACAAGCUCUGUGCCGAUUUUCAGGAGGACAUUGAAUUCCACUUCUCUCUUGGGUGGACUAUGCUCGUGAACAGGUUCCUGGGACCAAAGAACAGCCGCCGGGCCUUAAUGGGCUACAACGACCAGAUUCAGCGGCCCUUACCUUUAACCCCAGCGAACCCCAGCAUGCCGCCCUUGCCCCAAGGCUCUCUGACCCAGGAAGAGCUCAUGGUGUCGAUGGUGACUGGCCUAGCCUCGCUGACCUCCAGGACCUCCAUGGGCAUCCUUGUCGUCGGGGGAGUGGUGUGGAAGGCAGUGGGGUGGCGGCUGAUCGCCCUCUCCUUCGGGCUCUACGGCCUCCUCUACGUUUACGAGCGCCUGACCUGGACCACCAGAGCCAAGGAGAGAACCUUCAAGCGCCAGUUUGUGGAGUACGCCAGCGAGAAGCUGCAGCUCAUCGUCAGCUACACCGGCUCCAACUGCAGCCACCAAGUGCAACAGGAGCUCUCCGGGACGUUCGCUCAUUUGUGCCAACAAGUAGAUGUCACUCGGGAGACUCUGGAGCAGGAAAUUGCUGCCAUGAAUAAAAAAAUUGAAAUUCUAGAUUCACUGCAGAGCAAAGCAAAACUGCUCAGGAAUAAAGCAGGUUGGCUGGACAGCGAACUCAACAUGUUCACCCACCAGUACCUGCAGCCCAGCAGAUAGUUUGGGGAGCCCAGCCCCUGAGGAUACACAGAGAAGAAACGGGGAUGUCCGUUCCCAGCCGGAGUGCCGCGAAGGACGCCCCGAACCCCACGCUCCGAGGAGUAGACCGCCAGUUAUUGUGUAUAGCAUCUGCGUGAGUGGUAGCUUCCCGCUACUGUGUUGAGCCCUCACACACUAGUUAUUUAUUUCUCUCCCUGCCUGCUUUUGGAAUUAGGUGGUUUGCAGGAAGAAUUUUUGCCUCACACCCAUAAGGAGACUUGAUAAAAAAGACUGUAGUACUGAGAUUUCCUUUAAAACCCUCAUUGUCACUUCUAACUCAAGUUUUAAUUUAUUCCGAACCAUUUGGUCACUCGAUGAGUUCUCCCUCGAAACUUCUGGUAGUCCGGCCAUCUCUUUGAAUGGCGGAAGCGCAAGUUCAGUUGUGCCACUCUAAGGGUAUCAGGCAAAGUAAGUUAAUCGCCUGAACUCUGACUCCCGCUCAUGAGGAGCUGCCCACAAUUCCAAGCUCCUCCUCAGCUUAAGUACAGCUUGAGAGAGAAUCACUGCUCUUUUUAUAAGCCCUACUCCCUCCCCCCCAGGAUUAAUGUCCCUAAUUGGACUAGCCACAGUCAGGUUUAAGUCCCGUACAUCAUAGGAGAAUCCAUCCGUGGAAGAGUUUUUGCUUCGGCUCGCUUCAUCUUUAGGAUUUAGUCUCCCCUCACUUUGCAACUCUCAGUCUUCCGUCAGACAGCUCUUUGUCAGCAGGUUUGAUUUACUUCAGCAGCCCAGGGCAAGAAGGCUUCCAUGGGGACAAAUCUUAGCCAGUCCUCAAGCUCGUCCUGGAGUUGCCCCAGUGACUGCAGUUGGCAACUCAGGCGUAGAGUUACACGACAAAGCACGUGUCUGUGUGUGUGUAUGUGUGUGUUUGUGCAGGUGGUUUGGACAUUUGUCGCCGUGACCCGGGUGAUGGACUUUUCUUCCACCCUCCUCCAUGGUGGGUGAGUGAGUCUCGGUGGCUAGACGUCGUUUGCGUUGCGCUCUUAGGUGACUCUGCCGACGUCAGAGUUUCUUGGACUGAAUUAAAGAAAGCAGAGGAAAGAAGGUCCGGUGGACACUGUUGAGGAGGAGGAGAGAUGCUUAGGCAGUGAGGAUGUAUAAAGGCCACCCUGUCCGUUGCCCAUCACCACCUUUUCCCCAGGAUGAUGAUGGUCAGACGGAACCCAGUUGGCCUGGUCGGUUUGGACUGAGAGUCCCCCUGGCUUGGGCUUUCCACGAAAAACUGAAACUGCCCGAGUCUCCCCCGCUUCAUUUAGCUUAGGGCUAAACCAACCUAUCUGCAUUGCUUCCCAUUUAGUGCCAGUUGACCCUCGGGCUUAGAUGGCAGAUUGGGAAAACCCACUCACCUGACCAGCUUGGUCCCCUGGAGCAGGGUGGCAUGGACCGGUGCCCACCCUUGGGUUCCAUUUCCUCUAAAGAAUUAAGAUUCGGAAAGACUCUUUGCCCACCUGGUUGGGUGGCGCGAGAUUCUCUAAUCCGGGAUGCGGGAGAGAGCCUCAAAGGCUAAAAGCAUUUUGCAGUUGAAGAAGCUAUUUUCAGACAGAAGAGCUCUGCUACAGGAGGGUACUUUAUUUGAUUUUCAAAUCUGCCCUUCCUCCCCUCCUCUCCAGCCAAGUCCUUUGUUGACUAUUUGGAGAUCACUUUGAGGAAUUGGUUUUUUGGCUUUAGUUCAUGUCCUAAAAAGAGCAGGUUGCUAGGUGGCUAUCUUGAUUUCUCUGCUGCCACCCCAAAUGUUGUGAGCCAAAGUGACUCAAGAAUAGCUUGGUAGUGUUGUCUUACUGUCCCACGGAUAGGAUUUUGCUAUCUCUUUGUUCCCACUUGCUCCAAGAACCAUGAUCUCCAAUCUAUAGGAAGGAGCAAAAGAAUAGAACUCAUAAAACAGGAUAAAGAAACCUAGAGAGAAAUAUAAAGCUUGGCCUCGUAGCCACCUGCAUUUAUAAAAUCAGUGGAACUAAAAAACACAACUGUCAAUCAAUUUUUUUUCUACUUCAAAAUAAAAUGCACCUGCACCUCUUGAAUGUAGACUCGGGGAAUGAACUAAGGGGAUUUCGAGCCUCUUAUCCAAAAAAUGGUUAAGAUAUCAUCCUAAUGGAGGCAGGCCCUUUAUGAAAAAAAAGUUUGACGAACUGCACUUUAUUUUAAUGCUGCUAACCUUUUUCUCUUGCUUUUACGUUCAAUUCCUGGGGUGCCAAGGCCCACGCUUGGCAGUGAGUUUUCUCUCUGUUGUAUUUAAGGUGAGGGAAGUGCAUGAAUUAGUCCUGUAUCAUUGCAAAGAAUAUGGAAAACCAAAAUUAAAAAUGAGUUGGAAAACCA